CUGACAAAGAUGUCGAGCUGCUCAGCGCCAUCCGGUCUCUGACGGAGCGAUGUCACGGGUACCUGUCAUUCUCUGAGGCAAGGCAGAGCCUCUGCCGUGACCUUGCCCAGGCUCAGGAGCGGCGAGAUGUGGGACGACUGGUCGGCGACAUUGUGCUUGCAUUUUCCGCCGCCAUUGGACACGACGGGCACAAUAUCGGAUACCUGGACGACGAGCACGACACAGACAAUGUCAUCGGAUACAUCACGCUUGCUAUGCGGUCUCUGAUGGCCUUCCACAUACGAAACGACUCUGACGCAGCCCUGUAUCAUACCCUCGGUGGCAUGCUCGCCUACUCGAUAUACUCGACUGUCGGGUUAGGAUUCGCUCGCCUGACUCACUUCUGCCUCGCCAGCACAAGCUCUUUCGCACCAUGCAGUGAGGACGGCAGCCAGGAAGGACACGUCACAGACAUGAGCGUGGCUGCAACGGGACAGAGCUUCCUCGUCAUGCUCGAGAUUAUGGACUGCCUGAUCAACAGGACGCAGCCCACGCCUCUGCGUGUUCCUCGAUCACCAUCUCCAUCAGCAACUCCAUCCUCAAAGCCCGCCCUUGCUGUCCUAGACUCCCACCUGGGUCUCUGCGUCCCACUAUUACCAUACUAUCAUGAUCUUUGUGUAAUCAACAACUCUCUCCUGCAUACACAAGACGAAGAUCACGUCAGAGCCUUGCACGACCGCCUCACCGAAAUCCACCGUUCUGUAGAGUCGUGGCAACCGCCAAGCCUCGCGCAGCUACUCGACCACCCGCAGCAUCCAAAACAUUCCGCACUGUCCACGGUCCAGGUGAUCCACCUACUAUCCCAAGCAAGGCUCUACCGCCUGGGGGUGAUGCUCAUGGCGCACCGCCUCCGCCACCCCUUUGGCGACACGCACCAUGACCACAUCGCGGGUAUCUGGUCUCGCGAGAUCAUGACGGAGCUCGAGAGCGCGUACACCGCGACACAGCAGCCCCUGCGCUUCGUCACGCUGCCGUUCAUCAUUGCAGCCGUCGAAGCGACGGGUGUCGACUGUCAUCACCAAUCUGGCCCUAACUGUGCACAGGGCAAACAAAGUUCGCCGCGGGAGAGGACUCUGCGCGCUCUCGACGAGCAUGUGGACCGGUACGCGCCGGCUUUGAAGACCGCCAUUAAGCAGUUCCUCAGCAAGAUAUGGCAGGAGCGGGACGCAGAUCCGGGGCUGCGGUGGUUUGACUCGGUGCACAAGCCUUGUCCGGUGGUGGACUCGAUUUAUGCGGACUUGUGCGUGCCAGUGGCUGUUACUAACUGAGCUGCCAUGGGCAAGACCGUUUCCCG